AUGUCAACAAGUUCGAUGAAUGUUGAUCCUAAAAAGGCUCCUGAAGAUGAAUUCAUGCCAUGGGUUGAAAAGUAUCGACCAAUUUAUCUAAAUGACAUUGUGGGAAAUGAAAACGUUGUAUCACGUCUUAAAACGAUCUCUCGCAACGGAAACCUAACCAACCUCAUUCUUACCGGAUUACCUGGUAUUGGUAAAACAACCAGUAUCCUUUGCUUGGCUUAUGAAUUACUUGGCCCUGCCUGUAAAGAUGCUGUUCUUGAACUGAAUGCUUCAGAUGAGAGAGGUAUUGAUGUUGUUCGUAAUCGAAUCAAAGCCUUUGCUCAAAAGAAGGUGACCUUACCACCAGGUCGUCACAAAGUUAUCAUUCUGGAUGAAGCAGACAGUAUGACAGGUGGAGCUCAGCAGGCUUUAAGACGAACAAUGGAAAUCUUCUCCAACACCACCCGUUUUGUUUUGGCAUGCAACCAAUCUAACAAAAUUAUUGAACCAAUCCAGUCCCGAUGUGCGAUUAUGCGAUAUUCAAAACUUACUGAUGAACAGAUCCUUCAUCGUCUGACAGAAGUUUGUAAAAAAGAGAAUGUACCAUUUACUGAUGAUGGACUUAGCGCUAUCAUAUUCACGGCUGAUGGUGAUAUGCGACAAGCUAUUAAUAACCUUCAAUCAACUUACUACGGAUUCAAAUAUGUCAACUCGGAAAAUGUGUUCAAGAUUUGCGACCAACCCCAUCCUGUGGUUAUUCAACAGAUUCUCAAGAGCUGCUCUACUGGAGAUAUCAUUCAGGCAGAUGAUUUGAUCCACAGUCUUUAUGACACUGGAUACGCAUCUCUUGACAUCAUCACCACUAUCUUCCGUGUCGUUAAAGAUUACAACGAACUUUCUGAGAACAUCCAAUUGGACUUUAUAAAGGAAAUUGGAAUUACACACAUGAGAAUCAUUCAGGGCCAUCAGAGUGUUCUCCAGUUAGCCGGUCUGGUGGCUCGACUAUGUCGAGUUGCUACUACAAAUUAA